AUGAGGAGACUUUUCACCUUAGCAGCAGCAGUGGGGACUGCCCAUGCCGCUGGCCUUACUGAUAUCUGCACUGAUUCCUAUAUCAAGGCCGCGCUACCUGCUGAUGGUACGUUUGAAGGCAUUUCUAUGAUCCCAAGCUCUGUCUCAACCACCACCCACACCAACGUGUCCAUCAGCAGCUCGAACUUCUUCCCGGCUGCCACCAUCAACUACUGCGGAGUCACCUUCAACUACACGCACAUCGGGCGAAAUGACCGCGUGGCCCUGACCUAUUGGCUGCCUGCCCCGGCCGACUUUAAGAACCGCUUUCUCACCACCGGGGGUGAGGCCUACGAGAUCAACGAGGGAUCCGGAACCACAGGGUCUUUACCCGGCGGUGUCAUGUACGGCGCGGUGGCCGGUCUGACCGACGGUGGCUUCAACGGACAAUCCUUUGACGAUGUCUUCCUCCUCGCCAACGGUACCGUCGACUGGCAAAACACCUUCAUGUUUGGCUACCAAGGUAUCCACGAGAUGAUGGCCAUUGGCCGGGAACUGACCCGCAACGUGUAUAACACCGGGGAAGACAAGGUCUACACCUACUACCAAUCCUGCUCCGAGGGUGGCCGUGAGGGGUGGUCGCAGGCCCAGCGGUACGGUUUCGACUACGACGGGAUCAUCGUCGGCGCGCCGGCCUUCCGCUUCGCCCACCAGCAGAUCAACCACCUGGUGCCCAACGUGGUGGAGCAAACCAUGAACUACUACCCGCCUCCGUGCGAGUUGGAGCUGAUCGUCAACGCCACCAUUGCGGCCUGUGAUCCGCUGGAUGGGCGCGCAGAUGGAGUCAUUGCCCGCUCGGAUCUGUGCAAGCUGCAUUUUAACUAUACCUCGCUGAUUGGAGCCCCCUACUACUGCGCAGCCAGCUCGGGAGGCGACAGUCUGGGCCUCGGGUUCAGCAAACGCCAGUCGAUGGGCACGACCCCGGCACAGAAUGGAACCGUCACUGCCGAGGCAGUAAAACUGGUCCAGACCCUCCUCGCCGGUCUGAAAGACAGUCAAGGCCGCCAGGCAUACCUGUAUUUCCAACCAGGCGCGGACUUUGACGAUGCAGAAACCACGUACGACUCCGAGACCGACUCCUGGGGCCUCAGCAUCGACGGCAACGGGGGCGAGUUCGUAGCCAAGUUCCUGAAUCUGCAAGACGUUAGCUCACUCUCCUCCCUCGACAAUGUCACCUACGAUACCAUCCGCGACUGGAUGCAAAUGGGCUGGACCAUGUACGAAGACACCCUGAUGACCCAUAACCCCGACCUCAGCGUCCUGCAGCAGUCCGGCGGCAAGGUCCUGCACUUCCACGGCGAGCAAGACCCUAGUGUGCCCACCGCCUCCUCGGUCCACUACUAUGAGGCAGUCCGCAAGAUUAUGUUCCCCAACAAGUCGCUCCACGCCGGUGCUGCUGCUCUGGGCGAGUUUUACCGGUUGUAUCUGGUCCCUGGCAUGGCGCACUGCGGUACGAACAGCGAACAGCCCAAUGGGCCUUUCCCCCAGACGAACCUGGCUGUCAUGAUUGACUGGGUGGAAAAUGGCGUGGUUCCCGUGACGCUCAACUCGACGGUCCUCCAGGGCGAUAACGAGGGUGAGCACCAGGAGAUUUGUGCUUGGCCGCUGCGCCCGCUUUGGUCGAACAAUGGAACGAAAAUGGAGUGUGCCUUCGAUCAGGCGUCGUAUGAUACGUGGAUUUACGACUUCGACGCUUAUAAGCUUCCUCUUUACUAG